AGCGGGAAGCGCAGCCACGAACCUUAGCGUAGCGACCAUUGCACAAACACAGGACUUCAUGCUCGCUUUACGAGGAACAAUUUCCACGUGUCACCGCCUCUUCCGGCCGAGAAAUUGUCAUGAAUAAGAAGGGAAUACGCAAAGUGCCCAUCGGAAGCUCAGUCAUCCCGACGCCCCCAGAGAAGGACGGCCGCGUGCACUGGGGUCACGACGAUGUGCUCAGCCUCAUCAACAAGGUCAAGGACCACUGGCCGCAGUUCUGCAAUGGGGUGCGGAAGAAGAAGUACAUUUGGAAAGACAUCGCGACGCAGGUGACCCACGACGGCUUCCCUGUCACGGGGGAUGACUGCGACAGGAAGUGGAGGAAUCUGAAGAUCCGAUACCUGGCGGUACUGGACAGGCAGAUGUCUGGUGAGAAGACGGGACACAGGAUUGACUAUUUCGACAACAUGCAUGAAUUUCUCAAAGACGAUGCAGAUACUCAGGCCUAUUUUGAAAAUCGACGGGCACAGCAUACUAUACACGAAUUCAAGACUCACAAUGAUACAGAAGAUGAGGAUUUUUCGGACAUAACUUCAGAUGGUCCAAUGGAGUGGAGUGAUGCUGCUGUGCAGAUGCUGCUCGAUCUCUUACUGGAGUUUAGAGAUUGGUUCACUGAUAGAGAGACAGACCGUGAUGAUAACACAAUCUGGGAGACUGUUUCAGAACAGAUGAAACUGGAGGGUCACCAAGCAGGAGCAUUGCAGUGCAAGCGAAAAUGGGCAAAUUUAGCUCAGGGCUUCCAGCAUCACAAGGCCGCUGUAGAGGCAACUGGAACACUGCCUUUGUGGCCUUUCUACACCAGAGUUAGACAUGUGAUGAAGGUUGUGGGCAUGCCGAUACCAGCGGACUUAGAUGGGACAAAUUCACUGAAGCGUCGGGGGAAAAUGUUGCGCAGCAGUCCGAAGAAGAAGAAGCAGAGAUUCUUCAAGCAAGAAGUGGAGGACAUAGAUGAUGACUAUACGGAUGAGCCAAGUGAGGAGAUGCUUGAGAUGAGAGAACCCCCUAUCACUUCUUCCAUGGUCAGUGGGUCUGCCAGGUCGCCCAACCUUCUGGAUGGUGCUGUUACGCCAGGGGAGCUACAAGAAGUUUGCCUCAGACUAGAACGCCUGGAGGAAAACCUUGCCAUAAGCAGACGACUGGAGCGUCUGGAAGCCCGCCUUGAUGAUGCAGCGCAGCAACGCGAGGCGCAGCACCAAACAAAUGCUCUGCUAUCCCAAGUCUUGUCAGAAAUUAGUCGAUUAAGCCGUACCUUAACAACCCGAUUCAGCAGUCAGGCGACAGUACAAGAAUCCACCGACUUAGGGUCGGGGAUCACCAUCGUUGUGCCACAUUCACAACACCUUGAAUGAUAGUAGAAUUUGUAAGAAAUUUUACAUUACUAGCUCAUUUCCCAGAUUGUGAUAUAUUUGUAUUUUCAUUCUAGAAGCAUUAUACAUUCAUUAUUUUUGAUCAAACUUGUUCUUCAUAUAGCAGAUUUAUUCCUAUUCUUUCAUGUAUGUACUACAGAUGGAUUGUUGAUAAAGAUAUAAUAAAACCUCAAAAAGUUUUAUGAACAUAUUUGUGUGUACCAUGAAUUUUGUUUAUCCCCAAAAUCUUAAAUUUAAACUGUUAUGUUGAUAAUUAUGUAAUACCUAAUGUUCCUAUAAAUUGUGAUUGUAUGUAGGAUUUCCUUUUUCAUAUGUAAUACUGAAGUGUGUCUUAACUCUAUAGUGAUAUUUGAAUUUCUAAGGAGAAAUACACUGCCUGUUGAGAUAUCAGGUAUAUUGUUAUGUAAAUGCCAAAAAUAUUUUAAGAUCAUGAAUAUGCAAGAACAUGCUUGUGUGGGUGGUAUGUAUGUAUAGAUGUCUGUAUGGUGGUAUAUGAAGAUUUGUAUUGAUACAAAUAUGAUUGUUAUGAAGGCUAUGCAACAAUAAAAAAAUAACUUUUA